AUGCAGUCUAAUCCUAUUCUGUGCAAGCUGGAUAGAUUCGUGGCUAGUGGUGAAUGGGAGGACAAAUUCCCUUUGAUGGCACAAUGUCUUCUCACUAGGACAGUUUCCGAUCACUCGCCUCUGUCUCUUAGAAGUGGUGGUAUUGUAUUUGGUCCGUUUCCGUUCAAGGUUGAUACUUUCUGGUUUGAGCAUCCGAGCUUCAAAGAAAUGAUGCUUUUUUGGUGGAAUAGCAUGGUUUUUGAAGGGUCGCCGAGUUUUAUCUUUGCUAAGAAGUUGCAGAUGUUAAAGGCGGUUCUAAAAUGCUGGAGUAAAGAGGCUUUUGGUAACCUGGAUAAGAAGGUGAGGGAAUUAGAAAUUCUGAUUGAUGUUUUGGACAAAAAAGAAGAAGCGGCAGCUCCUAUUUCAGAUGUAGAGUUUGUAGAGAGGGCGAGUCAUCGUCGGGCAUACAAUGAAGUGUUGGUGCUGAUUGCUAAGAGGUGGAAGUUAAGGGCUAAAGUUCGAUGGCAUGUGGACGGCGAUAGAAACACAAAGAUCUUUCACAAAGUGGCCAGUGGAAAUAGAAGGAAAAAUGCGAUUUUCAAGUUAAAGAUUGGCUCAAAUGAGGUGGUUUGUCAGGAUCUUAUCAAGGAAGAGGUUAUUGAUUUCUAUGAAAAGCUUUAUUCUAAGGAUCAGGUGGACGACAGAAAACAUUUUGCUGGAAAGAGCAAUUUCAGAAGAACAGAUUCUUUCGACUAUGAAAUCUUUCAAGCUAAGCAAGUCCCCAGGAUUAAAAUCGGUGUUGCCAAAUCUGAAAUCCCAGUCCCAAGGAGCUUUUUUAGCCGAAAGACAGAUUCUGGAUGGGAUUUUGAUCGCAAUGAUCUAAUUGAUUCGAGAAAGAGAGAAGGAAAAGAAGGAAUUGUUUGUAAACUGGAUAUGGAAAAAGCAUAUGAUCAUGUUCUUUGGGGGCAGUGGAGGCUGUUCUUAGGAAAAUGGGGUUCGGGUGGAAAUGGAGAAGAUGGAUACGGCAUUGUAUCUCUUCUUCAAGGUUCUCAAUGCAAAGGCAGAAGAGGUUCGGAAACUCUUAAAGGUUUAGAGAGCUUUAAAGAUAUGACAAAGUUGAAAGUUAAUCUGAGCAAGAGUUCCAUGAUGGGUAUAGAGACACAACAAGAUAUCAUUCAAAAGUGUGCUGGCUUAGCGAGGUGUGGGGUUGGCGAGUUUCCUUUUUCUUAUCUAGGAAUUCCUAUUGGUGCUUCUACAAGAUUGAUUGGUGUAUGGAAUACAAUAAUUGAGAGAAUGACAGUAAGACUUGCGCCAUGGAAGAGAAGGUAUCUCUCAAAAGCCAGAAGAGUAGAACUCAUCAACAGUACUUUGAUGUCUAUCCCGUUGUAUUAUCUUUCUCUUUUUAAGAUUGCGGUGUCAGUAGCAAAGAAGUUAGAAAGACUCAUGCGGAAUUUUUGGUGGGGUGACACUAUUACUAAGAAGAGAUUACAUUGGAGGUCUUGA